AUGCCUCCUCCACCCCAUCAAAAACCCGAAAAUGUCCUGAAACGCGCCCAUGAGCUCAUCGGCGUCAACCAGGUUCCGGCUGCGCUGACCCUCCUCCACGAGCACAUCACCUCGAAGAGAAGCCGAAAUGUUCCCAUCGCGUCGUUGGAGCCGGUGAUGCUCCUGUUGGUUGAGCUUUCCGUCGAGCAGAAGAAGGGAAAGCUGGCCAAGGAUGCUCUGUAUCAAUACAAGAACAUCAGUCAGAACACCAACGUCGCCACCAUUGAGUUGGUCCUCAAGAAGUUUAUUGAGCUGGCCGCCGAGAAGGUUACCGCCGCUCAGGCCAAGGCCGACGAGGUCCAAUCCAGCAUCGAGGCCAACACCUCUACUGCCAAUAUCGACGACCUGGAGGCUAGCGAGACCCCGGAGUCUAUCCUCCUCGCCACCGUCUCCGGCGAGCAGUCCCGCGAUCGUACCGACCGUGCCAUCGUCACCCCGUGGCUCAAGUUUCUCUGGGAGGCCUACCGUACCGUUCUCGACAUCCUCCGCAACAAUGCCCGUCUCGAGGUCCUCUACCAGAGCACGGCCAUGCAGGCCUUCGACUUCUGCUUGAAGUACACCAGAAAGACUGAGUUCCGCAGACUUUGCGAGCUGCUCCGCAACCACGUCCAGACUGCCGCCAAGUACUCAGCCCAGAUGCACGCCAUCAACCUGAGCGAUCCCGACACCCUGCAGCGUCACCUGGAGACUCGUUUCCAGCAGCUUAACGUUGCUGUUGAGCUCGAGCUUUGGCAGGAGGCUUUCCGCUCCGUUGAGGAUAUCCAUACCUUGCUCAACCUCAGCAAGCGCCCUCCCAAGAACAUCAUGAUGGCCAACUACUACGAGAAGCUCACCCGUAUCUUCCUCGUUGGCGAGAACUACCUCUUCCACGCCGCCGCCUGGUCCAGAUACUACACCCUCCUGCGCCAGUCCGCUGUCGUCGUCGCCAGCGGACAGGGUAAGAAGGCCGACAACCCCCCAGCUACCGAGAGCGACCUUCAGAAGGCCGCCUCGUUCGUGCUGUUGUCCGCUCUCGCCAUUCCCGUCAUCAGCACCACCCGCUCCCGCGGUGCCAUGGUCGACUUCGAUGAGUCGAGGAAGAACAAGAAUGCUCGGCUUACCCACCUUCUCGGCAUGAGCCAAGCCCCUACUCGUGCUGGCCUCUUCCGCGACGCUCUUGCUAAGCAGAUGCUGAAGCGCGCUCGUCCCGAAAUCCGCGACCUUUACAACAUCCUCGAGGUCGACUUUCACCCCCUCUCCAUCUGCCAGAAGAUCUCUCCCAUCUUGACCAAGAUCGGUGCCGAUGCCGAGAUGGAGAAGUACAUUCUGCCUCUUCAGCAGGUCAUCCUUACCAGACUCUUUCAACAGUUGUCACAGGUGUACGAGACCGUCGACCUGGGCUUCGUUGAGCGUCUGGCCCAGUUCCCCGAACCCUUUCAAGUCACUCGUGGCACCAUUGAGAAGUUCAUUAUGAACGGUAACAAGAAGGGUGACCUCGCCAUUCGCAUGGACCACGCCACCGGUGUCCUCAGCUUCGAUAACGAUGUCUUUUCUUCCGCUAAGGCUGCUCACGCUGGGGCUGCCGCUGGUUCCGCUGAGGCUGACGGUAGCUCUGUUCAGCGUCUCCAGAGCACCCCAUCGGAGAUUGUCCGCUCUCAACUCACCCGCCUUGUUAAGUCUCUUCACACCACUUGCUUCUACAUCGACCCCAGCUACAACCAGUCUCUUGUGGCCGCUAGGGAAGCUGCCCUGGAGCGUGCUCGUGCUGGUGCCGAGCAGGAGCACCACGCUAUCCUUGCCAGGAAAGAUGUUAUCCAGAAGCGCAAGGAGGAGGCUUCCGAGGCCCAGGCCCGCAAGGAGAGAGAGAACGCCCGUCAGAAGCGUCUCCGUGAGCAACUGCUCCAGGACGCCGAGGACAAGCGCCUUGCUGCUGAACAGAAGGAGCGUGAGGAAAAGCGCAUGAAGGCCGAACGUGACCGCGUCCGUAAGGAGGAGCUGAAGAAGCAGAUUGCCGACCUCAAGAUUGGUACCAAGACCAUCGACUUGGACUUGGAGAACCUCGACAACCUCGACUCGGGCGCCAUCCACGCAAUCAAGCUGGAGCAGCUCAAGCGCGAGAAGAACGAUGUCAAUGAGAAGCUCCGCAUCGUCUGGAAGCGUAUUGACCACUUGGAGCGUGCGUUCAGAAAGGAGGAGGCCAAGAAGCUUGGCGAGGACUACCAGAAGCAAAUCGAGAAGGACCGCGCCACGUACGAGGCUGUCAAGGCCCAGACGCUGAAGGAGGCCGAGAUCAAGCACAAGGAGAGCGUCGAGCUGAAGCACCGCCUUACCCGUCUCAUGCCCGAGUACGAGUCAUUCCGCUCCAACCUCCACGAGCGUCGCCGCGACGAGUUUGAGAAGCGCCGCAGAGAUGCCGAGAGAGAGCUUGAGAAGCAGAUCGCUGCCCGCAAGAAGGAGUACCGCGAGCGCAAGCUCCGCGAGAAGCGCGAGCGCGAGGAGCAGGAGAGAGUCCUGCGCGAGGCCGAGGAGCGUGCCGCCAGGGAGAAAGAAGAACAGGAGCAGCGCGCCGAGGCCAAGCGGGCCGAGUUGCAGCGCCUCAAGGAGCAGCGCGAGAAGGAGCGCCAGGAAGGUCUGGAGAAGGCCGCUCUCCAGGCGAGACGCGAGGAAGAAGCCCUGGCCCGUCGCAAGGCCGAAAGAGAAGCCCAGCGGACGGCACCACUUUCCCGUGUGCCCGAGCGCGGCGCCGAGCCCUCCAGCUCCGAGGGUCGUCGCCCGCUCAACCUGCCCGGCGCUGGCAAGUGGCGCGAGCGCGAGGCCGCUGCCAAGCCUACCUCCCCCGCCAACGCAGACUCGGCUCCGCCCGCCCGCGCACCCCCUGCUCGCACCGCUCCUGUGGAGCGUACCGAAUCCGGCGACCGCCCCAGUGCCGGUGGACCGCCCCGCCUCAACCUUGCCGGCAACAAGCCCAGCUGGCGUGAGCGUGAGGCCGCUAAGGCCGCCGCUGGUGGUGCCAGCGACAGCGCGCCUCCGCCCCGCACCGCCUCCGGCGGCGCUCCCCUUAACCGGGGUGGCUCCGGUCGUGACGACCGCGAGAACGGUCGCCCCGAGCGGACCGCCUCGCCCGCCACGCCGGCGGAGCCCCUCAAGCCGUCGGGCGCCCCUGGCAAGUGGGUUCCCCGUCACCUCCGCGACAAGGCUUAA